GAGCUGGACACUGAAUGCCCCAAGCUCGAGUUCUCCAACCCAGCUUGGGAACUCCCGGCGUGGGGAACCUACAUUGCCAGAGUCGGGUUUCCGCGACUCAGCCGGUGCUCAGCCUAACGGAAGUGCAGGAGCCGGACCUCUCUGUGGGAAGCGAAUUGAAUCACCUUGGUAACCCGCGGGGCGUGCAGCAACGCCCUUUCCGCCGGAAGUGGGUGUCAGAACCUCCACGUGCUGUCCCCCCCUCCCCUUUUCGGCCCAGUAGCGGCGGCUCAGCUGCUGCCAUGGAGCCAGCCGGCCUAGAGCAGCUCCUACGGGAGCUGCUGCUACCGGACACCGAGCGCAUCCGUCGGGCCACGGAACAGCUUCAGAUCGUUCUUCGGGCCCCCGCCGCUUUGCCGGCUCUCUGCGACCUGCUAGCCUCGGCGGCCGACCCCCAGAUCCGCCAGUUUGCGGCCGUGCUGACCCGCAGACGACUGAACACCCGCUGGCGACGGCUGGCGGCGGAGCAACGGGAGAGCCUCAAGUCCCUGAUCCUGACGGCCCUGCAGAGAGAAACAGAGCACUGUGUGAGCCUCAGCCUGGCCCAGCUCUCAGCCACCAUUUUUCGAAAGGAAGGCCUGGAGGCCUGGCCACAGCUUUUGCAGCUGCUUCAGCACAGUACCCACAGCCCCCACAGCCCAGAGAGAGAGAUGGGGCUUUUGCUGCUAAGUGUGGUGGUGACCUCCCGGCCCGAGGGCUUCCAACCCCACCACCGGGAGCUUCUUCGGCUUCUGAAUGAGACUCUUGGUGAGGUGGGCUCUCCUGGGCUGCUCUUCUACUCCCUGCGCACUCUGACCACCAUGGCCCCCUACCUCAGCACUGAAGAUGUGCCUCUCGCCCGGAUGUUGGUGCCCAAGCUGAUCAUGGCCGUGCAGACUCUGAUCCCCAUAGAUGAGGCAAAGGCCUGUGAGGCCCUUGAGGCUUUGGAUGAACUGUUGGAGUCAGAGGUGCCCGUCAUCACCCCCUACCUCUCUGAAGUCCUCACAUUCUGCCUGGAGGUGGCUAGAAAUGUGGCCCUGGGCAAUGCGAUACGCGUACGUAUUCUCUGCUGCCUCACUUUCUUGGUCAAAGUCAAGAGCAAGGCCUUACUGAAGAAUCGUCUCCUGCCACCCUUGCUGCACACCCUUUUCCCCAUUAUGGCUGCUGAGCCCCCACCAGGCCAGUUGGAUCCCGAGGACCAGGAUUCAGAAGAGGAAGAGUUGGAGAUUGAGCUGAUGGGGGAGACCCCCAAGCAUUUCGCUGUACAAGUUGUGGACAUGCUGGCACUACACCUGCCCCCCGAGAAGCUCUGUCCCCAGCUGAUGCCCAUGUUGGAAGAGGCCUUGCGGAGCGAGAGCCCAUACCAGCGCAAAGCUGGACUCCUGGUGCUGGCUGUGCUGUCUGACGGAGCUGGCGACCACAUCAGGCAGAGACUGCUGCCCCCACUGCUACAGAUAGUGUGCAAGGGCCUGGAGGACCCCUCGCAAGUUGUACGCAAUGCUGCGCUGUUUGCCCUGGGCCAGUUCUCAGAAAACCUACAGCCCCAUAUCAGCAGCUAUUCAAGGGAGGUGAUGCCACUGCUCCUCACCUACCUGAAGUCGGUGCCUCUUGGACACACACACCACCUAGCCAAGGCCUGCUAUGCCCUGGAGAAUUUUGUGGAGAACCUAGGGCCCAAAGUGCAGCCCUACCUUCCGGAGCUUAUGGAAUGCAUGCUCCAGCUUCUGAGGAACCCCAGCAGUCCCCGGGCCAAGGAGCUGGCUGUGAGCGCCCUGGGAGCCAUUGCUACGGCUGCCCAGGCCUCGCUGCUGCCCUACUUCCCUGCCAUCAUGGAGCACCUGCGGGAAUUCCUGUUAACAGGCCGUGAGGACCUUCAGCCUGUGCAGAUCCAGAGCCUGGAGACACUGGGGGUGCUGGCACGAGCAGUGGGGGAGCCCAUGAGGCCGCUGGCUGAGGAAUGCUGCCAGCUGGGUCUGGGCCUCUGCAACCAGGUAGACGACCCUGACUUGCGGCGCUGCACUUACAGCCUAUUUGCAGCCUUAUCGGGUCUGAUGGGCGAGGGCAUGGCACCCCACUUGGAACAGAUCACCACGCUCAUGCUGCUGUCACUGCGUUCCACCGAGGGCAUUGUGCUUCAGUAUGACGGGAGCAGCUCCUUCCUUCUGUUUGACGAUGAGAGUGAUGGGGAAGAAGAGGAGGAGCUCAUGGAUGAGGAUGUGGAAGAAGAGGAUGACUCAGAGAUCUCAGGGUACAGCGUGGAGAACGCCUUCUUCGAUGAGAAGGAAGACACCUGUGCUGCCAUGGGGGAGAUCUCUGUGAACACCAGUGUGGCCUUCCUUCCAUACAUGGAAAGUGUCUUUGAAGAAGUAUUUAAACUGCUGGAGUGCCCUCACCUGAAUGUGCGGAAGGCAGCCCAUGAGGCUCUGGGUCAGUUUUGCUGUGCACUGCACAAGGUCUGUCAAAGCUGCCCCUCGGAACCCAACACUGCUGCUUUGCAGGCUGCCCUGGCCCGAGUGGUGCCAUCCUACAUGCAGGCAGUGAACAGGGAGCGGGAGCGCCAGGUGGUGAUGGCCGUGCUGGAGGCCCUGACAGGGGUGCUCCGCAGCUGUGGGACCCUCACACUGAAGCCCCCUGGGCGCCUUGCUGAGCUCUGUAGCAUGCUCAAGGCUGUGCUGCAGAGGAAGACAGCCUGUCAGGAUACUGACGAGGAGGAAGAGGAAGAUGAUGAUCAGGCUGAAUACGACGCCAUGUUGCUGGAGCACGCUGGAGAGGCCAUCCCUGCCCUGGCAGCCGCGGCUGGGGGAGACUCCUUUGCCCCAUUCUUUGCUGGUUUCCUGCCAUUAUUGGUGUGCAAGACAAAACAGGGCUGCACAGUGGCAGAGAAGUCCUUUGCAGUGGGAACCUUGGCAGAGACUAUUCAGGGCCUGGGUGCCGCCUCAGCCCAGUUUGUGUCUCGGCUGCUCCCUGUGCUGUUGAGCACCGCCCGAGAGGCAGACCCCGAGGUGCGAAGCAAUGCCAUCUUUGGGAUGGGCGUGCUGGCAGAGCAUGGGGGCCACCCUGCCCAGGAACACUUCCCCAAGCUGCUGGGGCUCCUUUUUCCCCUCCUGGCGCGGGAGCGACAUGAUCGUGUCCGUGACAACAUCUGUGGGGCACUUGCCCGCCUGUUGAUGGCCAGUCCCACCAGGAAACCAGAGCCCCAGGUGCUGGCUGCCCUACUGCAUGCCCUGCCACUGAAGGAGGACUUGGAGGAGUGGGUCACCAUUGGGCGCCUCUUCAGCUUCCUGUACCAGAGCAGCCCUGACCAGGUUAUAGAUGUGGCUCCUGAGCUUCUGCGUAUCUGCAGCCUCAUUCUGGCUGACAACAAGAUCCCACCAGGUGAGGACACCAAGGCCGCACUGUUGCUGCUCCUGACGUUCCUGGCCAAACAGCACGCCGACAGCUUCCAAGCAGCUCUGGGCUCACUGCCUGUUGACAAGGCUCAGGAGCUCCAGGCUGUACUGGGCCUCUCCUAGACUGCAGGCUGCAGCCAGUCCAGAGAGAAUAGAGCCUGCCCAGGCCUUAAGACCACCUCUCAGCCCAGUUCAGUUCUGCCUUACCAAAGAUUCUGAGACUCAUACCCAUUUGGAGCCAGUCCCACUUGCUGCCUUACAGGGCUGUCCCUGAGGCUGGAUCUGUUACAAAUGAGUCAUGACAUCAUACUGUAAUAAAAGCAGCUUGUUUUCUGCUUGAACAAUA